AUGACUUCCAUCAGAGAAUGGAAAGCAGACGAAUACCAAAAGAAUCUCGGCUUCGUCCCCAAGCUCGCGACAAAAGUGUUGGAGUGGCUUGACGUAAAAGCGGAUGACAAGGUUUUGGAUUUGGGGUGCGGUGAUGGAAUCCUAGACAUUGAAAUCGGCCGUGUCCUAGCCCAAGGAGGGGGCAAACUUCUGGGAUUAGACCGAUCACCGAGCAUGAUCCGGGCCGCGAGGGAGAAUGUGAGGAGGAAGGAGGUUGGGUUGGAGAGGAAGUGUCUUUUUAUUGUAGCAAACACCUCCGACCUCCUCAAACACUCAGCCAUGGCCCACCAACCAGAACACUUCAGCAAAGUCUUUUCCUCCGCGGCCAUCCACUGGAUGCUCGGCAGCAGCAGUGGUUCUUCUCUGGAUGACGACGGCCCGGUGUCAAACAGGGGCAGAAAGUUCUUUGAGGGGGCCCGGUACGUUCUCAAGAAGGGGGGCAAGUUUGUCUUUGAGAUGGGCGGGAUGGGGAAUAUCGCUGAGGCGAGGGCCGCGAUGGUGGGGGUGGUUGCUAGGACGCUGAAACAAGCGCCCGAGAAUAUUAGGGAGCCGUGGUUUUUUCCUGAUGAGGAGUGGGUCAGGGACAUGAUGGAGGUCAAGGUUGGGGGGUUUGAGGUCGAAAGGAGUGAAAUGGAGUGGAGGCCUACCAAGAUUGAUGGGAAGGGGGGCCUGGAGGGGUGGGUUAGGUUGAUUGGGGGCAAGUUGUUUUGGUUGAUCAGGGACGAGAAAGAAAGGGAGGAAGCGGUGAGGGAGGUGGUCAGGUUGUUGGAAAUUGUUUGUAGAAGGGAACCAGCGCGCGAAAGGGGGGAUGUGGAGUACAUGGUGAAUUAUGUUCGGUUGAGGGUCGUUGCUAGGAGAUUGUAG